CCAAUUUAUGGGCCUAAACGGACUCAAAUUUUUAUUUUCUAUCAGCCCUAAAUUUCAAAUUUCACCCGUCUUCUUCGGCCAGUCGACACUGCACUCGCCGGAAUCUCUCACGGCGGCGAUCUCUUUCUCCGGAGGAUUUAAAGUCGCAGGAGUGAGUGUAAAGCACAAGUUUUACCAAGUGGUUGAAGUGGAAAUCAUCCGAGUUCUUUUGCAUUAGCACAACACGCGUAUAUAAUCUGAUCAAGCUAACAUCAUUUGCAAUUCAUUGCUUGGAAAGUGAUAUCUUAAGCAUGAAGCUCAUAGCACGGUUAAGACCCAUCCAAACCUGUACAGCUCUUCGUGAAAUUAUAGGGCCUCUGCAGUCUCGUUCGUUUCAACCUGAUUUUGUUCCCAGAGAUCCUAAUGUCAAGCCCAUAAGGUACAAAUAUCCUGCUGCCUAUGAUCCAUAUGGCCCGAGACCCCCACCAUCAGACAAGAUAGUUCAGCUUGCUGAACGUAUUGCUUCUUUAGCCCCAGAAGAACGUAGACAAAUUGGUCCUUUACUCAGGGAGAUACUAAGGCACCCUACUUUGAAACCAAUUUCAGUAGAAGGCAUGGAUUUGGGUGCAAUGGGAGGAGCAGGUGGUGGACCGGCAAAGGCUGAGGAGAAGAAGGUUGAGAAAACAGCAUUUGACGUGAAGUUAGAGAAAUUUGAUGCAGCUGCAAAAAUCAAGGUGAUCAAAGAGGUUAGAUCCUUCACGAGUCUAGGUCUGAAGGAAGCCAAGGACCUUGUCGAAAAGGUUCCUGCUAUACUUAAGCAAGGAGUAACCAAAGAGGAAGCUAAUGAAAUAAUAGAAAAGAUCAAAGCUGUUGGAGGAGUCGCGGUUAUGGAGUAACAACCUCUGUUGGAUUUAGCAGGUUCCCUCAUCCUGCAUUUCUUCUUUUUCACAACGGAACAUGCCAAAAUUAACAUAAUUUCUCUUUGUUGGAUUUAGUUUCUUGGGUUAGGACGAUCACAUUUUGUUUAAUAGGUUUUGUGCUUUUUACAGCUUUGAACAGGCAUGUUGAUUACAAUAUUUUGUAUCUGAUCUUGCUGCUAGACUGUUAAGAAUUCGAAAUAAUCUCGUGGAAUUAGUCCAGGUGCACUUGAGCUUGCCCCUAACAAUCCAAUACUAGUAUCUGUUUUGCAA